UGUAACUCGUAUUUUAUAAAAAUAUCUAUUAAAAAUAUUAAAAAAACCUAAUUUUAAAAAUAUCUUUAUUUAUGCAAUUCAUUAUUCAUUAUCUUCACACAUUAAAAAGAAGAAUUUUCAAAGAGGCAUAGGUUAGUUAAUAUUUUUAGGUUAUAUCGAGGGGGAAUUAAAAAGUUCAAAUUGUUAAUACAAUUUAUUAUUAUCAACAUGCAGAGUGUAAGAUUGAUACUUCGCCCAUUGCAAAGAUACAGAGGAAUUUCAAAUUGUGCUGCAUUAUGCCAGUCGGUGGAGGUUCAGACGAAUCCCGUAGAAAAGAUUCAAAUUCCACCCCCUAGUAAUGUUGAUCAACCAGUAUCCCCUAAAAUAGAUAAACUAGCAACAGAAAUUUCUAAGCUUAACCUAAUUGAAGUGUCUGAACUAAGCUCUGUCUUAAAGAAGAGGCUGAAUUUACCUGAUGCUCCUGUCUUUCCAGCGGGUGGCUUCGCGCCAGUUGCUGCACCCGUAGAUGAAGAGGAUGCUGCCCCUAAAAAAGAAAAAUCUAUAUUCACAGUAAAAUUGAUGAAAUUUGAAGAAAAACAGAAAGUCGCGUUAAUAAAAGAAAUUAAGGCCUUAGUAGAAGGUAUGAAUUUGGUACAAGCGAAAAAGUUUGUCGAAGGUGCUCCUGCUGUCGUUAAAGCUGAUGUGCCCAAAGAGGAGGCUGAAAAAUUAAAAGCAGCGAUAGAAAAAGUUGGUGGUGUUGUAGAACUUGAUUAGAUUAGUUGUAUAGAUGACUUGUGCAGUUUUAUAAUAAAAUAAUAAAUGUUAAGUUAUUGUUUA